AUGAGAGCAGCAUUACUGAUCUCCCUUUUCGGGGCUGCGGCCUUUGCAAAUGCUGUCGACAUCGAAAAGUUCCGUUUGAAGUCGUCGACAAAGUAUGUAAAAGCUUCGGAUACCGUGAAGGCAGCGAGGUUGGUCGAGAGAGGUAGUGACUACAUUGAUACGGCUACCGAGCUUGUAAAGACUGUGGCACCGGAUGCCGAAUUCCGUGUAAUCACGGAUCACUAUGUUGGUACUAAUGGUAUCGGUCAUGUGAAUUUCCGCCAGACGGCUAAUGGUAUCGACAUUGACAAUGCCAUAUUCAACGUUAAUAUUGCAAAAGAUGGCAGUAUUUUCUCCUAUGGAAGCUCGUUUUUCAAUGGCGACUUGCCUUCGAAAGACUCUACCUCACAAUUGGGGGCCGUUGAGGCGCUCGGAGUUGCCUCGAAAACUCUUGAGCUUGGCAUUGAAACUUCCGACAGCUCCGUCUCCGAGAAAGACGGCGCUUAUAUCAUUAAUGGCAUCUCUGGCACCAAAGAAGACCCAAAGAGCAAGAAGGUCUACAUAGUGAAGCCUGAUGGAAAGCUGGCGCUUACUUGGAAGAUCGACACCAAGGUCAAGGAGGCCUAUUACUCUUCCUACGUUGAUGUGGACUCGGCUGAGGUUAUUGGGGUUUCUGAUCACGUUUCUCAUGGCACCUUCGAAGUCUAUCCCAUUGGAAUUAAUGAUCCCUGGGAGGGCGAACGUUCGAUCAUCAUAGACCCGGAGGAGGCCACAGCUUCUCCGAACCGUUGGUUGGAGACGUACUAUGGAUACAACUGUACAGUUGGGAAUAACAUCCAGGCCGCCGUCCUCCCACAGAGCGGGCGCGUCACCUUCUCCGAGCCCAAUGCCGAGGGCACGUACGUCUUCGAUUACACCCCUGACGGAGGUGACCCAGUUACGUUCCGUGAUGCGGCUGUGACCCAGGCAUUCUACACUACCAACAUGCUCCACGACCUUUACUACCUUCUGGGCUUCACCCCUGCCGCUGGCAACUUCCAGCGAGACAAUUACGGACAAGGUGGUCUCGCUAAUGACCCUGUUCAGGUGUAUAUUCAGGUUUGGAACGGGAUGAAUAACGGAAUGUUCUCGCACUCGGUGGAUGGUGAGACACCAACAUUAACGAUGUACCUCUUUGAUAAGACGGAUCCUCAGCGAGACGGAGCUUUCGACCAGGGCUUCUUGAUUCACGAGUAUACCCAUGGCCUUUCUGGUCGUUUAACCGGCGGCCCUGCGACCGACACUUGCCUCGACGACUGGGAAGCUGAUGGGAUGGCUGAAGGUUGGAGUGAUCUCUUCGCCUCUGCUCUAGCAAUCAAACCGGAUGACACAAGCGCCACAGCAGAGUAUGGCUUCGCAGCUUGGCCUCUAAAUGUGACCAAUCCCCGUACCGCACGCCUGGUUAUGUAUUCUACCAACCGUGAUGUGAACAACUGGACGUACUCCAACGCCAACGGCCUGGAGAAGGUGCACCAGGUUGGAACCGUCUGGGCCACGAUGCUGUAUGAUAUCCUCUGGAGCCUCAUCGAUAAGCACGGAAAGAAUGACAACCCUCGUCCGAACUUUGAUGCAAACGGCGUACCUACGGACGGCAAAUUCUUGAUGCUCAAGAUUCUCACUGAUGCAUUCGCCAUCCAACCUUGCAACCCAACCUUUGUCCAAGCUCGUGAUGCCAUUAUUGACUCCGACGAGGCCCUUACAGGAGGCGCCAACAAGUGCGAGAUUUGGAAGGGGUUCGCCAAUCGUGGUUUGGGUGCAAAUGCAGUGUUCGAUGCGACAAAUAGGGUUGAUAACUUUGAUCUGCCGGAUGGGGUUUGUUCG